AACCGUCUUAAAACCACAACGAAGUCCACAACACUGCGCAUGCGCUACUGUCAUUCUGCACCGGACCUUGAGAAGAAGCUGUUGCUGUUAGCUAAACAUGCUAAAUAACACCUGAGGAUCGGUCAGCUGUGGCUGAGUCAUCGUGUUUGCUCCAUAUGGAUCUGGACAGGAUGAAUACAGCAGAUGUUCAGUUGAUGGUGCUGGUUAAAGAAGAAGCACCUGAAGAAUGGAGUGCUGCUGUGGACCAGAAGGACCCAAAUUACCUCGACAUAAAGGAGGAAGAGGAAGAACUCUGGAAAAGUCUGAAGGGAGAGCAGCUCCAUUUAAAGGAGGAGACUGAUACUGCCAGGUUUCCAUGUGCUGUAGCUUCUGUAAAGAGUGAGGGUGAAGAUAAACCUCUGUUAUCACAGCUUCAUCAGCAGCAAACAGAAGACAGAGAUGUUCCAACCAGCAGCUCGGCUGACCAGAUGACAGCAGAAACUGGUGGAGGAUCAGAAACUAUCAGGAACCCAGAUCUGAACCCUCAUAAACAUACAUCUAAUUCUUCAGAAGUGGAAGUUAGUGGAGAUAAUGAAGAGGAUGUGGAUUUAAAUCUAGACUCUAGGCCUGAAACUGGAGGCAGAGACAUGUACUGGAAUGAGACCAGGGAGUUUGAGUCAGAUGUUAAGACUGACAACAAAUCCUUUAGCUGCUUUGAGUGUGGCAAACAAUUUCUCCACAAGCGGUCUCUCCAUAAACAUUUGAGAGUCACAGGUCAUGUUGAUUCAUGCAGAAAAGUUCAGACAGAACUAAAAUUGUUUAAUUGUGACAACUGUGGACAAAGAUUUAGUAAGAAAUCAAAUUUAAACAGACACAUGAGUGUCCACACGGGAGUGAAGCCCUUUGCCUGUGAGUUCUGGGGACAAAGUUUUAGACAAAAGACACAUUUAAAAAGACACAUGAGAGUCCACACAGGACAGAAACCUUUUCACUGUGAACUUUGUAAACAAAAGUUUAGUCGUAAGUCAAAUUUAAAAGUUCACAUGAGAGUCCACACAGGACAGAAACCUUAUGCGUGUGAGUUCUGUGGACAAAGAUUUAGUCAACAGUCAAUUUUAAAAAGUCACACAAGAGUCCACACAGGGCAGAAGUCUUAUGCUUGCGAGCUCUGUGGACAAAGAUUAAGUCGUAAAUCAAAUUUGGAAGUUCACAUGAGAGUCCACACAGGACAGAAGCCUUUUGCCUGUGAGUUUUGUGAAAAAAGAUUUAGCCAAAAGACACAUUUAAACAAACACAUGAGAAUCCACACAGGACAGAAGCCCUAUGCUUGUGAGCUUUGUGGACAAAUGUUUGGACAAAAGACAGAUUUAAACAGACACAUGGGAGUCCACACAGAACAGAAGCCUUACGCUUGUGAGCACUGUGACCGAAGAUUUAAACAAAAGAGAGAUUUAAACAGACACAUAAGAGUCCACACAGGACAGAAGCCUUAUGCUUGUGAGCUCUGUGGACAAAGAUUUGGACAAAUGUCAGAUUUAAACAGACACAUGAGAGUCCAUACAGAACAGAAGCCUUAUGCUUGUGAGCUCUGUGGACAAAGAUUUCGACAAAAGACGCAUGUAAACCAACACAUGAGAGUCCACACAGGACAGAAGCCUUAUGCUUGUGAGCUCUGUGGACAAAGAUUUGGACAAAAGACAGAUUUAAACAGACACAUGAAAGUCCAUACAGGACAGAAACCUUAUGUAUGUGAGCUUUGUGGACAAACAUUUAGUCGUAAAUCAAACUUAAACAGCCACAUGAGUGUCCAUACAGGACUAACAGUACUAAUUUAACUACAAAAGUAUGAAACUAGGAUUGGGAUAAUAUUACAUGUAACUUCUACCGUAUCAUGUUUAGUAACUGUAAUUCUGGUUCCAUUUUGUGACACGUAAUUCUCGUUUUGUAACACAACUUUUGUUUAGUAACACGUAACUUUUGGUACGUAACAUGAAUCUUUCGUUUUGUAACUUGAAGAAAAAGGGUCAAUGUACAAGUUUCAACUCACAACUCUCAAAACACACAUCUUACUUUACAGUUACAAAACCUAAGUCAACAAGUAAAAAACAUGUUGUCCCAAUUCUAGCUUCUUUCCCAAAGAACCAAUGACGGGCUUUGUCUCACCAGCCAACCACGAGUAGGGUUGUCACGGUGUGAAAAUUUAACCUCACGGUUAUUGUCACCAAAAUUACCACGGUUUUCGGUAUUAUCGCAGUAUUUUUUUAAACGUGUUACAUUUUCAUACAACUAAGUAAAGCCUGUAUAUAGGGCUGCCCGAUUAUGGCAAAAAUAAUAAUCACGAUUAUGGUGACUGAAAUUGAGAUCACGAUUAUUUAGGACGAUUUUUCUAUUUAUGUUGAUUUUAUUUGUUUUUAUUCAGUCAUAAAAUUGCUCAGGGCACAAUCAGGACAAAAAUAAAUAAGAAACAAGAUGAUCACUAAAAUAACUCCUGAUUCCCUGUAUAAAAAGACCAAUAUACUUAUAGCUCAUAGCUCAUAGUCUAUGACCCAAGGGCAUAGACCUUGGUUUAACUCAUUUAAGUCUAACCAGUACAGACCCAAAUACCAAUGUCUUGCAAAUACUGACAGCAAGAAUUAUACAGUGGCAUUUAUAACAAAUAAAUGCAAAUAAAUUGAUGUUCACAAAAUGUUGCAUAACAUUUAUUUAGUCGUGUCAAGGUGCUGUAGGAGAAUACACUAGCACCGUGUCCUCAGAGAGAUUGGUUAUUAUUUAUCAGCAUGAGGAACUUACUUCUAUCUAUUUCUACCUUAUUUAUAAACUAUUUAUUUACAGGUCCAUCAGUUAAUGUAAUAAUUGUCCCAACCACAGCUGCACCCCCAACCCGGGCUCACAGCAAUCGGGCCAAGCUGCACGUAUGUUUAGCACGCCGCACGCGCACAUUUAGCCGUUUUUAGCGGCUCAGGAGUCCACAGGUGUGUGUGUCACUCACUCUGGUUAAUCCAACAGGGAACCGGCUCCGAGAGCUGUUUCUUUAGCGACUGACACAUCACUACAUCAUUCCCUUUCCUAAUGUCCUGAAGAACGGUCCGGAGUGCAGGCGGAGUGUUUUGCUAACCUGCAGGAAAUGUCGAUGACAGUUAUCCAGAAAGUAGCUAAGGGUUACCAGAGAUGUUUCUGAGGUGUUCGCUAGGUACUUUUAAGAUUUAAAAAGUCAAGAAGGGGGUCUGAAAAGCUACUAGAAAUAGCGUCAAAGUCGCUAAGUUGGCAACACUGUGGGAGGAGCGCUUCAUUUGCAACUCAGGGCAGCGCAAGUGGGAGGAGCAAAUAAUCGGCUUGUUUUGUUUUUUAAAAUCGUUCAAAACUCAGAUCGUAAUCGUGAUUAAAAUUCGAUUAAUUGAGCAGCCCUACCUGUAUAUCAGGAAAAUAUUGUCCUCAGUUUGUGUCUAAAUUUUGCCUAAAAUGUGUUAUUUUGUAAUUUUGUUGUUUAUUUGUUUAUAUUUUUUCCCUUUAGUCUUUAAAAUGCCAAUAUUUGCCCAUAACUUCUUAUUUUUUGUCUGUUUGAUGUCAUCAUUUAAAAAUAUUAGACCAGAUGAUACUCAGUACUCAAGUAGCCUUCUAAUCAGUUACUUUUUUACCCUUACUUGAGUAAUAAACCCUAUAUCAGGAAAAUGUUGUCCUCGGUUUGUGUCCUUCCAGUGAGCUUUGCAGAUGUGGGAAAAUGUCAUCAGGCAGUAAUUGUUGUUAAAUUCAUAAUUAUUCUCGGAGAGAGACCAACUCUUAUCUGUCCCUGGGUGCCCCGUAAUGCAUAGCGUCAUUUCAACAUGGGGGUGUACGCGACACGCUUUAUAUGCAGGUAGCGGCGCGGUAGCUGCAUUCUCCCUCAACCCAAAUCCUCGGAUCACACAUUUUAGCUAAAAUGCUAACGUUAGCUUGCCUUGCGUUGACUGUAGAGUUGUGGGUGAUGGUCACGCAGGUGUGUCAUGAGAUUUGAAGCGUUGAUGCCUUUCACAGACACUUUUUCUGCACAUGCUGCAAACAGGAUAGCUGUCUUCUAUCAACUGUCCCUCGGCAUUCUACAAAUUUCCAAAAAAUGCCUGUACUUCCCACUUUGUCUUCUUUGAGGGAUAAAAAAUGUCCUCCUGAGCGCUGCCGUCUCCUCCUUUGGCCAUUAUUUCAGCUUUAGCUUCAAGAAAGUUUUGGUUGUAAACAACAAAGUGCGCAUGUGCCGCCAGCAACUUCAACAGAUACGGUGGCUGGUAAGGGUCACCGCACCUACACCGCAGCCACGGUAAACCUACCGAGAUAUAUAUUUUUUAAAACAAGACGGUUAUUAUUAUUGUCAACUUUUUCACCGGGGUUUACUGCUACACCGGUUACCGUGACAACCCUAAUCACGAGUCUUGGAUUCCUAUCCAAUCAUGGCAAGAGGGCAGAGGCCUGUUGUACUACUCACAACCAAACUUGCUUACAUUUUUUCUCUUUACCAGUAAAUCACAAACUAUGAUUUUUGGAACCUGAUAAUAGUCUAGACUAAUCUUGUCCAGUUUUGAAAUGUGUAGGUGUUGUAGUCUUUGCACAUUUGCAUUUUUUAUAUAAUUUAUAGAACACAUUUUGUGUAAAUAGGUCAAAUGAAAAUAAAACUGGGUAUAAACAAAAAGGUGGCUAUAUCUUGAUCGUGUCUGGACAUGCAGGGAAGAUCAUUUUUUAUUCUCUCAUGAGACUUUGGCUCCCACGAUGUGGAUGGAUCAUCCUCUUGAGCUUUCUACAUGGCUGUAAACUAUUGUCUUCGGCAUAACUUAUUAGCUAAAACCUGUAAAAUUGUACGUUACUGUCCUUUCAUCUACUUGUGCGGCAUACAGCACUGCAUCUGUUAACCAUGCUGAUGAUUUCAUUUAGUUGCUAUUUAGUGCACUUUACACAACUGUGGUCAACAGGGAUUUGCCAUCUUCUUGCUCUAGCCAGAAGCUGGGGGGUGGGGCUUGGGCCUGUGAUGUCAUAUGUCAAGAGGUAUAUAGAACUUGGUCUUUAUUCUUAUAAUGCCUAAUGUGAGUGUAAAUAGAUUCUUUAUUAUACAUUCAUACUGGCCUGUAAGUGCACCAGGUCACUGCUAACAUCUAUCCUUCUCACCUUUUUCACCUUGACCUGUUUUCAUGUCUGAAUAAAAUAAAGACCCAGUCGGUGCAAAGCUA